AUGGGGGAGACAAACCCAACAACAGACGAAGCUUGGAACGAAAUCUUAUCACAAGUGCCCAUAGGCCCUGGUGGUAGACAUCCUAACAUUGCACUGCCGCGAAUCUUGAACUUUCUACUCGAUGAAGACGUCUAUAAACAUCCGCAAUGGGAUCGUCGGCUGGAGGAGAUUAUUAAAUAUCUGAACGAAGCCGACGAGGGGCGUCUUCGAGGCGACCUCGGCUACGAUGACCCUUACACACUCGCCGCGCUGGAAGAUGCGCUCAUCUUAGUCGAUCUGCAUCAGAGAUAUUACAAGCGGAAUUCCAAUCCAACUCCCUGGACGUCACGUAUCAUACCUGGUCAGCGUGUUACUGGACGCCUUCCAAACUUUCCUGGUCAAUCUCUUACUCAGCCCGCCCUCGAUAGAAUGCGAAACAAGCAUAAGCGUUACGACCAAUUGCGCGAGGUCCAAACCGAUGGUGUAUUCCCUGAGUUGUCUGCGAGGGGAGGAAAAGCGGUUGAAUACUAUCAGAAUGCAGAAGAACUUUACUUCGAAAAUUGCCUCAAGCCCGGCACCUACGACAACCGUAUUUUCAAUGGGUUCAGAAAUGAAAAUGAUAUGUAUGAACGCUGCAUCGUAGGUGGAGUCGAGGAAACCUGCAAGUUGAUUCCACCUCGCCCUGCAGACCAGGUUCCUACUGUUUUUGAUGAUGAUCUGGAUGCCACAUAUGGUACCGAGUCGGAAAGGUUACGCGACCUGACAGAAUUUUACGAGGCGCGAGGGUGGCAACGGGCUGCGGUCCAGCAAUGCCUGAAUAUGUUGACCAACUACGAGAACAAAGUUCUCAAUACUCCCUGGCGCCGCGUGGUCUUGCCGUACGAGCAGCCGAAUCCAGCAUUGAAGGAGAUAAUUUACCAACCCCGGGCACUUCCCCCGGAGAGGGUCCAUAAGAGUCUCAGGGAGCCAUAUCCUUGGGUAUAUUGGUACAACCAGCAUGAGGAGCUUAUCCAAGUCCUGGCUGGCUGGCAGCGGCGGCGCUAUAACUUGGAGAAUUGGACAGAUUUCCAGAGGGCCGCCCUGCCAGCCAACUUCCACGGUCCUUACGUCGACAGAAAUCUUUCGGUAUACAACAGCCACUGGCUAGAAAUGGGCGCGUAUUUAAAAAGGCUACGUAAGCGCCUAGAGGACACCUUCGGCAUAGCUCCUCGGCCAUUCUUACUGGCUAUUCUACGGGAUAUCCAAGCUGGGAUAGAAUGGCGCCCUAAUCCGUUGGGAAAUACCACGGAAUGGAGCCCUGACGAGGCAGAAUAUCCUAGGCAAGCUCGUAGAGAUAUUAUGAGGAGACCGAAAAUCGAUUGGGUUGAGUUGGAUCCCUCUCUAGACUUACCUCCGACCAUUUUGCUUCUCGAUGAAUCUGACGCGGCCUGGCUGAAAUAUCUCUGUCAGCCCUCACGUAGCGAGGCAAUGUGCAACCCCGAGAAGCAACCAGUUGAUAACCUAACCAUCCUUUUCGAUGAGCGGCUCCAGGAUUUCCUCAACAACCCAGGCGCAUCUGACAGCCCAGGGACGGCUGGGAUAGAUAUUUUCGAGCCGAAUGUACAGCAGUGGAAGGAGGAGACAAGGAACACUAGACCAUUAUUGGACGAGGCGCUCGCGUACAUAAAUGGUGGGGGGGACGCUGGAAAAUCUCACGCAAACGAAACCUAUCGGUUCCUACGCUCAGAAGCCAUUUACCACUUAGAGAAGCUUCGUAAAUUGGGCCGAGUUCAAUACGUAGAGAUAUUUGACCGAAACAAGCCCCGAGAAGAGCGGGAAAUUGCUAUCAUAAGACCGAAAUACCAAAUACACCCCGAGAAUCGUGUAUAUUGGCGCCAUGAAAGCCAAAGAGCAUUCCGCACCAACCAGGAUUUGUACCGAGAAGCAAUAGUUGAGCAUUUGGAAAACAAAUAUGGACUUAGCAGUUCAAAAGCCUCUAUUGAGACGGAGGAGUUGAAACACAUCCUCGAUCACCUUGGGGAUGACACGUUACCCGAUAAGUUAGUAGGGAGUAUCUCCAAGAAUGGUAGGCCAGAAGAGGGCGAAGUUACCAGUCACGAUUUGUUGCAGGCACAGAUCCAACCAGAGAUUGGCUGGGUCCAGGGCUCGUACCCGGAGGGAGGCCCAGAGGAGAGACGCAAUGCGCCUAGCUGGUCUGACCUAGUUGACUGGGAGACAUUAGGAAAGCUGUCAGUUGAGAGAAUCAGUGAUGAUAUCCGCAGUGAAAUUCGCGAGGAAGCAAUGAAAAUGCGUCGUUUGCCAGUCCCAGAGAGGACUGUCCAGUUCUUUCGAAAUCUUGCCUACCGAAUGGGACGUACGAUAGCGCACGUCGAGGAAAUUGAACGCAGACUUCAGUACGCAGCUUACGAUGACGGGUCGGGGAUUCCAAAAAGUCGCGAGUGGAAAGCAAUUUCUACAGAAGCAUCUAGACAGGCUUAUGAGCACUGGCACCUUACUAUCCAGAACGGCGUGGGACCAAUAGAGUUCCUACCGCCGACUAUGGAGGAUGUUGUCAACAAAGGUGACCCCGAUGGGCUUAUGAGGCGAGAGUUCAGGGGUCUAAGCGCGGCAGAUAUUAUCCGAGAGGGCAUCAUUAAUAACUGCGUCGAGAACCGCAACACGAUGUACCCCGGCCGCAUUGAGACUCUCGAGGAUUCCUCAGGUUUCUAUAUUAAUGACAGCAAAUUCAAACCAAAUAAGAUACUUAGUGGUUACAAGCGACCAAGCCUGUUUAAAUGGGCUACCCAAAGGCAAAGGCGGUACCAAGCUCCGUAUACUAGGGGUAUAUUCUUCCAUAUGCUGCGUUGGCCGGUACAUCUUCAAAGCGAACGCUUACAAGAAUUUAUCAGGCAACGGCAGGACGAAGUGGAAAGGGUAGAGCCAAGCCUCCCAAGCCAAAGCUACGGCAUACUAAUGGCUAGGUUUCCCGAAAGACUAGUAGAGAGAGUAACAAGUGGUUUGACACGGUAUCCUGGGCCAAACAAUCGUUGGUCUAAGGACCAGAGAACAAAGGGAACGACUUCGGAAAAUGUCACAAAGACCCAUGUGGACACAAAAGACCCAGAACGGAACGAUGUCUCGGAACAAACAAAGGCCCCCAUAGACACAAAGCAUCCCUCAAGUACAAAGCCCGCGAUCGAGACAUCUACCCAAGAAGUUCCUCAAGCAAUUCCCCCAGUAAACCAUUCAGAAACGCCCCAAACGGCCCCCGAAGUGAAACCUCAAGAUAUUCCCCAAUCGCGCGUUCAAGAGAUCCCGAGAGGAGAAAACGAAGAAGGCCCAAUAGCCGCAUCAGCCAUACCAGUUGAACCACAACGACCCAGUGCACAUACUGACGACGCAGAUAAGAUGGCGGCGACACAAAAACCAGCUACAGCUACAGCUACGGCGGCAAACAAGCCUCUCAAGCAGCCUAUGGUACCGAUCACCAAGCCGGAAGAGCGCUUCGUGCCAGGGCCCGCCAUCUUUCCUAUGGCCGAGACUCCCUUACAAACUGUCGUUCUUAGUCGUCAACUUGAAGAUGUGGUUUACCCCCAGUCUCCCCUCAACCUCUGGGGUAAAGUACGUAAGGUCUACAAGGCUAUGACAGACGUCGAGCCACCCCAAAUUCCCCUGCUACCACCGACCCCAGACUCGGACAUCCCUCGUAGCACUUCCAGGAAGCGCAAGAUCCCGGCCGAUUUCAUCCUGGCCUCUGCAGCACAGGGUAAUAAGAGAGCAAAUACCGGAACUGACGUCAAGACCCCAAAGCCUACCGUACCGCCCGCAAAUCGAAGGAACGUUACACCUUGGGCUACCCCUCGGCGCCAUUCUCAGGUUGACCCUGUUGACUCCUUAUCCCAGUCUAAAAAAACUGGUCAAGGUGGGCUCCCGACUCAACAGCAGGUUACGCCUCCCGUCACCCCGGCACGUCAAUCGCAGACUACAACGCAGGUACCCCAAGGUCAGACUACGACUCAAGUACCUCAUGGCCAGACCACCACCCAGGCCCCUCAAGGCCGUGGCAAUACUCAGAUCCCCCAGGGCCAGGUACCGGCUACUCAGCCCGCCCAUCAACAAGCUACCGGUUCUGGAUCCAUUAGCCAGGCGCACCAAGACUGGCUCAACCGAGAAUCCAGUGGGUUAGCCAAGGCCAAAUCAGAAGCUUCACAUCGUUGGAAAUACACUCCCCUCCCUGGAUUGGAGUCCAAGAUGAUAGCUGAGGAGCAGGCUAAGACUGGCCGCGUUGUAGAUCAGCCAUUCCCACCUGCACCACAGCACAACACUCAAGGUGAGAACCCACACGCGGACAACGAGGCCUUACGCCGUGCUUUCCCCAACGGUUGGGCUCCUCUAGGGCCUAGUUUCGGUCUCGAUGGCGCUCUGCACGCUAUCUGUAACAGCAUGCGGCUCCAAGACUCGAAGAACCUCUGGCUUCCGGCUAUGUCGGCCCUCCGUGCCUCGUAUGAUGAUCCAGACUGCUUUGUCGGCGCAGAUAAGACCGUCACGGACCAGAACCACUACGGCCUCACCAUCAUACAGGCCGAGGCUGCCCUGCAGCACUACGUCCGGCACGAUGGACCCAACCCUCACCACGUCCAGCUAUGCUGCAUUAUCCGCACGCCUCCUGGCGGUGAGUUCUACACCCACUUUGUACCGGCGCCGCCGUUCCCUGGCUCGGAGAAACCCCGCCAGGUGUGGAUCUACUGCACGGGCGCCAACGAGUUCGGGGCGGUGUUCCCCGUCGUGUCGCCUCAGUAG